UAUGACGUCAUAAAGGAAGUCGCUCACCUCCAUAGUUUGACAGACAUAUAAAAGUCACCUGCCAUUGUUUACAUUGUUUCAACAGCUAACAAGUAACGAAGGAAGAUGAAAUUCAAGUUCAGAGAAGAGCAUACCUUUGAACAGAGGAAGGCAGAGUCCACAAAGAUUAGGGACAAGUACCCAGAGAGAAUUCCUGUAAUCGUGGAGAAAGACCCGAAAUCCCAGAUUCAGGACAUAGACAAACGCAAGUUCUUGGUUCCCAAUGAUAUUUCUGUGGCUCAGUUUAUGUGGAUCAUAAGGAAGAGGAUUCAGCUACCCUCAGAAAAAGCCAUCUUUCUGUUUGUAGGAAAAGUUUUACCCCAGUCUAGUGCAAGCAUGGGACAGGUUUAUGAGGAACACAAGGAUGAAGAUGGAUUUCUAUAUAUUGCAUACAGUGGGGAAAAUACAUUUGGACAGUGAACUUAUGGCAGACUUUCUUCUGUGUGUCCAGUUCCCCAGUUGUUAAUUUUUUUGUUUUGUUUAAAUCGUCCAUCACAUUUAUUUGUAAAAUGAAAAUACAUGUAUGUUAAUUACACAACUACCGAUAGAAACUGUCAAAUCAACUAGUUAUAUCAACUGCUGUUGGUAGUCAAUUAAAAAAAAUUUUUUUUUUUUAUUUAUUUAUUAAGUUAAGAAUAUUUAAACAUUGUGAGAUUUAAUAAUACAUGUAUUAGGAUCAUUUCUGAUUUUCAGAAGAAAAUAAAUUACUCUUCUUAAUUUGUAGGAAUUCUUAAUUUUUUGAUAAUGUAUAUUUAAUUACCAGUAUUUACAUGUGUAUGUUGUGCUUGUACUUGAAUGGAUUUGUUUUAUUGAAACCAAUCAAGAAAACAAAUUACAUUGUAUAAAUGUGUUUACUUUGUUUUUCUUCAUUUGUCAUUCAUAUUGUUCAGCAGGGCAUAUAUAACUGAUUGUUUGCAAAUACAUAUUGCUUUGGUUGAACAUUGCAGAAAAAGAAAGUAGUAGAUAGUUUUAACAAGUAGUAGUAUUAAUUUGAUCCUCAAAAUUUGUUACUUUAUAUUUGUAAAUACUGGUUAUUUUGGUCAAUAGUAUUUUAAAGUCUUUUUAAAAUUUGUGGUAUGAAUAUGAUAUGUGUUAGAUAUAGCUUUGAGUUUAUUUUUUAAACAAAAAGAAAUAAUUAAGAACUUUUUUAUUACAAAUUAUAUUAAUGUGCAUUAAAUUGGCAAAUGUUUCGGAACAUGUAUCUAUAGAAAGUUACAAUAAAUAUGUAUGGUAAUAUGUAUUUGCAUUUUCAUAUCAAUUUAUGAAUUUUUAUUAUUUUGACUUGUAGGCCUAUAUGAAAAACAGCUAAGUUUCUUGAAAUGGCAAAAUCAAAUAACUAUAAUUGUUUGUUGAAAUUGAAAAUAAUGAGAUGUUAUACAAAGUAAUUUCAAAUUAAUAUUUUCAAAAAUGUCUAAUACUUUAACAAUACACCUUAUUAUGUAGUUUUUUUUUCAAAGAUUUGUUGUUGAUUAUUUUUUUCUUUCUAAUUUGCUUUCAGCAUUAGAAUUAUUAUUGUACAUUUAAAAAUAAUUUGAGAUUUCUGCAAAAUAAAUUACAAAGCAGAU